AUGCCAAUCUCAAGGUUCCGUACGUACGAGCAUCAAUACCGGAACGCUGCCGACAAUCCGUUGCCCAUCAUGUCGGCAGUCUACUCCAUCUACACAUCGCCCAACCAUGCUCCCAUUCCCAACCAUCUUCCUACCCUCAUUGUCACACCUUACGGCCAGCCACACCACACCCUCUACUCGUACAUCCACACCAACUUUAACAAGGAGACGUACCUACUCACUCCUUCCCCACAAGGCGACCUCUGUGUCGCCAAGAUGGUGCCUCCUCCCGGCUCUAGGGGCGGUGGUGCCUCGUCGGAUGGAGGCCACUCGAGUGGGCAUGGAGACAAGACGGUGCGCUGCGAGGCCUCGCGAAACCUGAAAUGGUCCAUCACCAACACGGGCAUCCACGCCCCCGUCUACAAGCUCACCCUCCCAAAUCCGGACGCACCCGGUCAUGAGCAGCCUCUCUUCCAGAUCUCAAAACCCAACCCAAAUGCAACGUGGUGGUCCAUGUUCUACUUCACCUACGCCGGCCAUCUCAUCCCACCAAAGCGGAUCGAGUUUGGCAAGAUCCAGAAGAACGCUGCAGCAGGCAGCGGCGGAGGCGGCGGAACGCGCGUCACCAUCGCAGGAAAGACGCCAGAGGAGAAGGCCGUCUGGCAGACGCUCGGCGAGGGCAACGAGGACAUGGUGGAAUGGAUCGUGCUCUGCGCUGCGCUCAAUGUGCUCGACGACGAGAUCAUCAAGGCUGCACAGGGUAGCGAGCCAAGACCGAGCGCACCCGCUUCCAAAGCAGUGCCUUCGAGUCGACCAGCGGUAGGUGCUGUUCGCGGUCCCAACGCCGGUCCUCCGAGCAAGAUGGGUAUGCCCGUGCCACAUCCCCAGGGAGGCAUCAAUGCCAGCUACAGAGGUCCCAACCAAAGCAACGCUCCCUUGCGAGGAGCGCCCGGCGGCGGACCCAACCCGCAGAUGUACCAGCAGCAGCAGCAGCCACCACCGCAGCAGAGAGGCCCACCCCCGCCUCAGGGCUAUCGAGGCCCUCCCCCAGCAGGUCAAACCAUGCCCAUGCCGCAACAGGGGUACGCACCACCAACGCAGCAAGCACGCGGUCCAGGUGCCGUACCAGCGAGCAACGGUCGACGCUUCUAA